AUGUCCUUCUUUGAAAGCUGCGAAAACGUUCGCAUUGAGAUCAAUGACGGCUCAAUCUUCCUGCACUGUGAUGCCCAAGAUGUAGAUGGCAACCUUCAUCCUGCCACUUUGAGACUCGAUGAUUUCAUUGGAAACGAAGAUGGGUGGUUCAUGUGGGAUGGAGUAAACGCCGGUCAGAGUGCCCAGAGAAUUGAGCUCGAUGGGCCCAUGUUGACAGCGGAGUUGCCCAUGAGAGACGGAGGUUACAGAGAGAGACAGGGUAUUGACCUGAACGACCGGAUUAGCAAUAAGAACGGGCACUUGGAGCUCCAUUGGCUUGCAUCUAGCGGUCAAUACUAUGUUUGCAAGCAAUUACUCUAG